ACAGCGCUCUCAGACCUCGUCAGCUGUGUGUCUCUCUUGUCUGUGCUGCUCCUUCUUCUGGCCUGAGAACUGGAAACAUGCUGUCCUUCGCUCUGAGACAACUCACACGGCCACUGUGCCAGAGAGCCCCAGUUCGUCUCAGUGUACGUGGGCAACAGUCUCAUGCUGCUACACGUACAGUGGAUGAAGACCGUCCUUGGACAGGCCAGGAGAGCCUGGCUCAGGACGACCCCGAGAUGUGGGAUCUGCUGCUGAAAGAGAAGGACAGGCAGUGCCGUGGCUUAGAACUAAUUGCAUCUGAGAAUUUCUGCAGUCGAGCAGCUCUGGAAGCUCAGGGCUCCUGUUUGAACAACAAAUACUCUGAGGGCUACCCAGGGAGAAGAUACUACGGUGGAGCAGAAGUGGUUGACCAAAUUGAGCUCCUGUGUCAGAAGCGAGCCUUGGAGGCUUUUGACCUUGACCCAGCUCUGUGGGGCGUCAAUGUCCAGCCUUACUCUGGCUCACCUGCCAACUUUGCUGUUUACACCGCUGUGCUCAACCCCCACGACCGCAUCAUGGGCCUGGACCUGCCCGACGGAGGACAUCUGACCCAUGGCUACAUGUCUGAUGUAAAGAGGAUCUCGGCAACCUCGAUCUAUUUUGAGUCCAUGCCCUACAAACUAAAUACUGCAACAGGACUCAUAGACUACGACCAGAUGGAGAUGACGGCCAAGCUGUUCCGGCCCAAGCUCAUCAUUGCUGGCACCAGCGCCUAUGCCCGCCUCAUUGACUACGGCCGCGUCAAGAAGCUGUGCACUGACAUUAAGGCCUACAUGCUCGCUGACAUGGCCCAUAUCAGUGGCCUGGUGGCAGCCCAAGCCAUCCCCUCUCCCUUUGAACACGCUGACCUGGUCACCUCUACCACGCACAAAUCGCUCCGAGGAGCCAGGGCUGGCCUCAUCUUCUACCGUAAGGGUGUUCGCUCAGUGGACAAGAAGGGGAAGGAGAUCAUGUACGACCUCGAAGACAAGGUCAACUUCUCUGUCUUCCCCUCUCUGCAGGGUGGACCUCAUAACCAUGCCAUCGCUGGUGUGGCUGUAGCACUCAGACAGGCACAGUCUCCCAUGUUCAAGGAGUAUAUCAACCAGGUACUAAAGAAUGCCAGGGCUAUGGCUGCAGCUCUUCUCAGUAAAGGCUACACCUUGGUAUCAGGUGGAACCGACAACCACCUGGUCCUGGUGGACCUGCGGCCUAAGGGCAUUGAUGGAGCUCGAGCUGAAAGGGUGCUGGAGCUUGUGUCAAUCACUGCCAAUAAGAACACCUGCCCUGGGGACAAGAGCGCCCUGACUCCAGGUGGCCUCAGGCUAGGUGCUCCAGCCCUGACCUCCAGACAGUUCAAAGAAGCAGACUUUGUGCAAGUUGUUGAGUUCAUGGAUGAGGGCUUCAAGAUUGCCUUGGAUGUCAAGAAAAAGACAGCAAAGCUCCAGGACUUCAAGAACUUCCUUCUUCAGGACCCAGAGACUGUUGCUCGCAUCGCUGAACUUCGGCACAGAGUUGAAGCUUAUGCCAGGCCCUUUCCUAUGCCAGGCUUCCAUGAUCAUUAAGCCAGUCAGUAUGGAGUCAGGGGGCUGAAAGCCAGGUGGUAGAAAGCCGGCUAGCAGAAGUGUGUAAGGAGAGGGAAAAAAUCUCAUGUGGUUGGUGCCUGUACAUUGGGAUAUAUCUUGAGUUCCCUUUUUUCCAAUCAGAUCUGGGAAACUACAUUUUUUCUACUUCUUUGCAAUCAUCAGUCAAUAUAUUCUUGUAAAAACAGGCCUCCAUAUUGAGGUAAAGAAACAAUGAAAUAUGAUACAGUUUUUCUUUAGAGCCGAAGAUCUUAUUUUCUAUCGUAUGUGUAAAGAUAUACCAUUUCUUUAAUGUGGGUGUGUGGGAGGAAGAAAUAACUCGUCAAAUGUAACACCACCAACUGUCAUUGGUGUCACAGACUGUGUGAUUUGAUUGAUGUAUAAUUAGUUAUUAUAAUAAGUUACGCUGAAGAGUCUUAAUGCUGUAAAGAGUCUUAACUAAAGUCACUAAUGGAGAUUAUUAUAUUCACAUGAAGAUGUGUGCAUGAUAGUUUUUCUACUUACAUUCUCUGUUUAUGAAACCAGGUACACAAGGAAACUUCAUGAUGUGAAGGGUUGUUCUGACAGUGUUGUGGGGGGAAUUUUGUUGAACAUCAGAAAUUCACUCAAAAUGUAAUUUCUGAAAGUUAACCUCUUUAACUUUGUAUAGAUUUGUGGAGCUUAUCUCCAAAGGGUAAGGGUCCAAGUCUGAUUAUACAAGUAAUCUCAACAUCUUUUGAUAUACUAUAGUCUAAUAUAGCAACACUAUAAACUGUGGUCACAUAAAUUGUUUAAAAACACAUUUCACACCGUGUAUAAACAAGAACCAAAUAUCUUCAGCUUCAUUCAAUAUAAUAUGCCUAACCCAUGUGAAAAUCUAGCUAUGUUGUCUUUUGACACUAUUGUGAUUGCAUCAUCCUUUUUUCUUCCAGUAUAUCAUAGAUGUCUGAUUUUAAUUGCUCUGUAUUUUGUUAUGACAGAUGAAUAACCAACUGGAUUGAUAUCAGAAAUAUCAGCUUGGAUGAUUUCAUACUUCACUUUAUGUGUGUUUACAAAGAGUAUAUACUUUUCUAUAUAUUAUUUAAAAAGAGUUAACUAUGUAACUGCCAUCAUUUUACAUGUUAAGGUGUCCAAUACUAGUAUCAAUAUAAUAUAUUGCUCUGGAAGAAAGAUGAUUUGAAUUGCAGUCUGUCUGAUUUAAGUGUCAUUUAUUUCACCCAAGUGUUCAGUGAUGGAAACUGUGAAGCAGCUAGAUUUGAUAAAACAUUUUCACUGCAUUUUGUUGUGUACCUGGUUCACCAAUUGGUACUGUUGUCAUUAUCACUGCAUCAGUGAGGAAGAUUUCUGUUUGUGAAAUGGUCUUGCAGCACAAUGGAGAAAAAGGAUGUUAGAAAUGGUGUGAUACUUUAUUACUUUGCACAGAACAUUGCUUCUAAAGUAAGUUUUUUGACAGCCAAUAAAGUAGACUUUGCUAAAAUAAACCAUUAAGUAUUUUACCAGUGUUCAUAAAUCCACUGUCUGUCUGUUUUCAUCUCUGAUAUGUUGCCAGCUAUUGUACAUCAAGUUUGAACUAACUGUCUUUUACAUAACAUUUUUAUUUUACUAGCUGAAUCCUAAUAAAAUCCAUUAAUUUA